CAGACAAAAACAACUGAGGGCUGACAGGCGGCGGUUAUCCUCAGUAGCUGCAUCUUUAUUGAAUGAGCGAAAAAUUACUAUUGUCAAUAACCUAGCAACCAUCCCCGAGAUAAAUAUGGAUGUAUGGCCGCGGCACAUGGAAUAGCGAUGUACAUUGAAGGAUGCCACCCAUCUACAUCUCUCGUUUGUUCCUCUUUAUUUCUAUCUCUGCGGUCUUGGAAGCGCGAGCCAAAUCUCUUGCAGAUCAUGGAACAUUUGAGGUCCAGAUCAGAGUUCAGGUGUUUGACAACAGCGACCUCUCACCUUUGGCUGACGCCGUCAUAGAGGUUCACGGGAACCAGUCUGUGUUGGCGUCCAGCAAGGCGGGUAGCGAUGGCAUUCUUAGGGUGACCUUCCGGUACCGCCCGGGAACCUGGGUCAUCAUCUCGGCAUCGAAACACGACUAUGUCACCAACUCUGUGCCUUGGCAUGCCAGCCGCAUCCCCCUGUACGCGUCGGUCAGCCUGUACCUCCUGGUCCAGAGGCCGGGCACACUCAUUCUCUACGAGGAUGUCAUCCAGGUGCUGCAUGGAUCCCCAGGUGCGCGGAACCAGCCAUUGGUCCAGCUCCAGAGAAAGUCCCUUCAGUUGCCUGCUGAGUCCAACUACACGUCACUGUCAGCUGUGCUGACUACUGCCAGGAGCCAGUAUGAGAUCGGGGGCUUCCCAUACCUCCUGGGUCUGGAAACUAAUAGCACAGGGGCAGAGAGGGGAUGGACAGACUUGACUGCGCUGGCGGUGGUCAGUGUUCAGCUCUAUGACCGUGACGGGACUGCCAUCCAGGUGUCCGACCCGGUCCACGUCUCGGUUCCGCUGCCCUCUGAUACCCGCACCAGGAUCGCCACCAGCAUUCCUGCCUGGAUGUACCAGCCCAAGACAGGCUUGUGGGUCCGAAAUGGAACUGGCUACAUUAAGAAAGAGGGCACACAACUCAUCUGGAACGUGGUGAUUCCACAGUUGGGUUAUUGGGUUGCAGCUUUUCCUUCAUCGGCAGGCGUGGGUAUGGGGGGUCACACGGGCUUGAGGGACAUAACCACCUACCACACCCUGUUCCUGCUCUCCAUCCUGGGCUCGUUGGCCUUGCUGGUGCUCAUUCUUCUCUGUGUGCUUCUCUACUACUGCAGACGGAAAUGCCUGAAACCACGGCGACAGCAGGGCAAACCGCACGCAGCUAUGAAUGGCUCUAAGCGCGACCAGGGCACCUCCACCUCCCGCCUCAACCUCAUCUGUGGAGGCCAUGUUGAAUCUGGCCCAUCCAAUGAUGCCGGCAAAUCUGACCCAUCCCCUUCGCGGGAUUACCAGAGCUCACGGGAGGAGUUCGCCAAGCACGUCCCCGCACACAAACUGCGGCACUCAAAAGGAAAAGGAUCCUCCGGACCCCAGAGGGGAGAGAGCUUCCCCAUGAAGGUAACCCGUGCCACAGACACCAACAAUUUAGACAACCCCCUGCUACUGCAAGAUGACUACUCGCGGAAUUACAGCCCCAUAAUGGAGGAAGACAAGAACUCUGACUACCACAUACGCUGCAACAACGCUAACGACAACCGUGGUUACACCUCGGACGGAGGCUCCCCGCCGAGAUUCCUAACGGACAAGUCGGACAAGCCUCCGGAGUACUCUGCGGCGGCCGCCGAUCACCUGGCCCGCCCUACGUCGCUCAACACUCAGCCGGGCCAGAUCAUCUUCUGCCACUCCAUGGACCAGAUGAAGGAGAACAUGUACCGGAGCAUGGUACCCACCUUGGUCAUACCAGCCCACUACAUGCGCAUGUCUUCUGAUUUCUCUGCGAAGGAGCAGGAUAAGGACGGCGGGAUGCAAAUGGGCGCCGGCCAGCAGUCACACCACCCCCAGCUACAGAGUCAGCACCAGCAGCAGCACCAGCAGCAGAGCGCCUUGCAAGGAGACGACUCUGAGGGCCAAACGUGGAACUCGGACCCAUCCCAAGGCCCCGUCCGGAUCCCUGUGCUUUUCAACGACUCCACCAUGGCACAGAUGAAUGGCGAGCUCCAGGGUCUAACCGAGAAGAAGCUCCUGGAGCUGGGCAUCAAGCAGCACCCGCGUGCCUGGUUCAUCUCGAUGGACGGCCGCGCCAACCACGUGCGCCACUCGUACAUCGACGUGAGCAACGACCUCAGUGCGGGCGGAGGAAUCGGCGGGGGAAGUGGGAGCCCCAGCUGCAGCACAAUCCGAGAGGCAAACCUCGAAGGACCCAUGGACAGUGCCCAAGAACGCAAGGCCGCGGCAAUCCGGAAAGGCAAGGACGAGCGUUGGGGAACCGGCGGACGGAAAGGUGGCGGCAGUAAGGGCAUGUCCAAGCUGGCCUACCAGGACCACAGCCAGCUCAGCAGCAGCGACGGCCGCCCGGUGUCACCCGAGGAGAACUCCCUCACCCCGCUGCUGGAUGAGGGUCCCUCGUCGCGUGGUUCCACCAUCCCCAGGAGGGGCCGUAGCCGCAUGAACAGUGCGCGCAGCAGCAACAGCGAGAACCGUCGCGACUCCAUGACUAGCCCAGAGGACGACAGCAAGGAGGAGAACAAGAAGAGCCCGUGGCAGAAAAUAGAGGACCGGCCUCUAAUGGUUUUUCCCCCUAAAAAGUUGUAGGCCACCAUCUCAGGCCCCACUCCUUUGAAACAUGAGUAGGUCCAUCAGUAAGGGGGAGAAGUAGCAUUUGACCGAAAGAAGAUCCUAGAAAAGCACAAACCUGCUUGAUAAUCCGUCAAAUGGUACUAUUUUAUUGACAGCCAAUUUUAAUACUCCUAUUUCCUAUUUUUCCCCAGUGAGUUGUAUCAUUGUCUUUCUGAAUCCAUUGUGGAGAUCACUAUGGUUCUGGUUAUGUUUGGGAAGAACUGAAAAAAUUAUCCCAGUAUUGUGAAAGUCAAGGCCCAACCCUCUACUCUUCUGGCCUUUCACUACACAUUUAUGAAGACCAAGGUCAAUCCAUUUUAGUUCAGUUAACAUAGGAAGCAAACAGACAUUUUCAAUUUCUGUUUGUCCAGAAUUUGCUGAAUAAAUAAAAAAGAUCAACCAAAACCUGAUAUAGAGUUUAGUUGUGCUAAUCCUGUAAUUGCGGUCAUCCUCCACCAUAAGAAGAGGAUACUGUUUUCACUUAUUAGAUUAGCAUGUCUUAUCCCAAAGCAUAAUGUGUGGAGAGAAUCUUUUUCUUUUUUUAUCAUUUUCUAUUUGGAGGAUUUUUUAUGAAAUAAUAAUAAGGUAAAAUAUUUGAAUUGGUAGUGCGCUCAAUUAUAUACAUUUAAUGUGAAAUGUUUGUUACUUCUUCAGGGAAGUAUUUCCAUAAAUCUUUGUGUUGUAAUUAUUUUAAUGAAGUAAGCAUCAUAAUUGAAGGGGCUCUCCUUCCAUAAUGUUGCAACAAUUUGUGACAUUUCAAGCUCAACAGUAGUGUGUCGUACUGUUACCAGAUUCUGGCCACUUAAUAUCCUGCUCUGUUUUGUGUUGUUUUUCAUUGUUUGGGUGUUUGGAGUGCCACGGUCAAUAUGAUCUGAACAUUUCUUGGGCAGUUUUGAAACGGUAAAAUUAUUACAAUAAUGUUCAGUGAUUGAACAUGGCAAAUAAACAUGGCAAUUCAAUAAUAUUUACAGCACUUUGUGUAGGGCAGGACAGUCAUCUUUGCCACCAAUUCUAGGGUUGCCAUCAAUGUUUGCUGAUCACUGGCCCUGACCCCAGUCUCUGAGUGUCUCGGGGGAGUUGGGAUAUGCAAAAACAAAUGUCCAUUUCACACCAACACAUGUACAAGUUACACCCGUAUAUAUGUGUGAAACAGGAUAAAUAUAAGCACCCCAUUUGACAGAAGUAGCCUAAUUAAAUUAAUUUCAAACCUUUAUUUAAAUUACAAGGGGAGACAGAGGUAAAAAGAGAAAGAAGUUGGAAAGGUCGACUAAAAUGGCUGUGAGCAAAAUAACCACAUUUUUAAUAAACGGGAAGAUGCAAAUAGCUAUUUAGCAGCAUGAAUGUGUGCUUUGCAGGUGGGGUUAUUGAGUGAAAAAUUAUGUGUUUGAAGUACUCAAAGAUAAAUGUAUUGAAUACAUUAUAGCUGUUUUAAUAUAUAUCAAUGAUGAUUAUAAUAUUUUGAAAAGUCAGUCAUGAUGCACAACCCUCCCUUUAAAUCCAGGGUCCUAAUUUAUUUGUGUACAUGAGUAAAACUUUUUUUGUGUGCCAUUUGGGUGUUACUGUAAUUUCAACAACUUUAUUUGCUUACUGUAAAUAAUAUUUAGCUUUGAGACCCUUUGAUUAAAGGUUGCAUGCAUUUUUUUAAAUAAAUAGAAGGCACCACAAAAGGCCAUGCUAAUCUGUACCACUUCUAUUGUAAGUGCCUUCUUUUACUUAGGUAAGGUAACUGGCAUGGACGGCCUUUUCAAAAUAAAAGCUGGCCCAAUGGCUAAACACAAAAGCAAAAGCAAUUUUUUAGGAAGAAACAUCUUCCAUUGGGGGAGAGCAUGGCUGCCCAAAUUGAUCACUGAUACAUUUUGUGUUCAACAUGUCCUUCUGUUCAUCAUUGUUUCUUGUAUAUAUCCUUUUCAACCGAACUGGUAAGUGCUAGUGAUUUACUGUACAAGUUUGACAAAUGACAGAUUCAGAAAACUAUAUGAGAUGUUUUGUGUAAAUGUCCUAUGUGUGCAUGUAAUGUGUAGAGUAGAGUGUUUUUAAUGAAACGUUUUUUGAUAAUAUCAAGGAGGUUGCUGGCACACAUUAAGUAUACCAAAUUGUGUUGCCAAAUGUACACACAUUUUAGAUGGAGAUAUACUGAAUUUUGCUCUACUCUUACAAAUUCACUUCCAGUCUUAAAUGUUUACAAGUACAACACACUGGCCAAUUAUGCUAUCACUGUAGCUUGCAUUACCAUUGCCUAUAAGCUUAACAGCUGUAGUUAAAUUUCUUACAGACUUAAAUGAAUAAACAAUGUUGCUACAAUAGUCACUAAGAGUUGGCACAGUAAAUCUCAACAUGGAUGUAAUACGAUUGAAAGAGAAUUUAAAGUUUGACAAAAGUUAUUACAAUUUAAAAUACACAAUCUUAUGACAAUUCUCUAUAAAACAUCAUUAUUGUGUUCCAGUACAUUUUGAAAUGUUUAGUUUAUAUUGACACUUAUAUUCAUUGUUGAUUUCUAAUUUCAAAGUUGUUCUAAAUAAUCUUGACCUAAUGUAUUAUAUGGUUAUAAUGUGUAGGCUUAUUCCAAUGGGGCUUUGGGUCAUCCCUGCCCAAAUAAUUGUCUACAUGUUUGUCCACGUUAUAAUUAUAUUUUCACAUUAUGAUAAUGUAAUGUGGUUGGUUGGUUACAAUAAUAAAUGUUCAAGAAAUCUCUCUACAUUUUGCUGGACAUAUAACCAGGCCAGGAAUGACAAAAUACAUUCUGAAUGCUUUAGACCUAAUUUAAGAUUUUACCCACGUAUUUAUUUUAUAUUAUGAUACUACACAAUAACACAAUCAUCAAGCACUCUAGGGUAUGAAGAGCAGCUGUAUAAUAAAAACCUGUCUGAGGACGCAAAAGGUUGUAUAUUUAUGUAUUUCUAAAUAAACCUGGAGAAGUUCUCUAAAUGUUGUAUAUUUGGUGCAUUUUACUAUUGCACCUCUUUCUCUGGUUCAGUGUAUCACACAGCCUUCCCGGUUUUAGCAGCCAUAAGCCACUUUAAUGUCACUGUAUUUGAUAUAAGGCUGCUGUACAUUAAAAAUACUUAUGGAAAGGGAAGAAAAGUCAAGGACACAACAGCUUGUAUAUUGUUCUGAAUGGAAAAAGCAAUCAUUUCUAAAUAAACAUAGUCAUUUGUAAACUGUAAAUUGACAAGAUAAAAAUAAACAUGUUCACACCAUC